AUGAUCCAUUUCUUCUGCAGGUGGAAAGUGAUUGUUUGCUCCUUAGCAGUCUUACUGCUGCUGCUCCAUUGUCUUACGCUGUAUCUUCUCUUUCCCAGAACACAAGUCGAGCUGAUCGCACAUGCCGGAAGUCAUGGCGGAGCAGUUUGCAGGGCUCUCCAAAGCAUGUGCAGACAAAGCUGCAAGCAGUGGGUCGGAUGUCCACAGGUCUCUUGUCUGGUGGACAAAAGCAGCAGGUCUCUCCGUCACAAGAGAGAGGCUGCACAACCUGGCUUGUCUAUCCUGCUGUUGCGUGACCCACGUGAUGUGGUCGUGUCCUGGCGACACGGGACUGAAUCCUCCAGCAAGUAUCAGCUUGCUGUCCAGCACAUUCGGUCGGUCGCUAGUUGGACAAGGUGGCAGCAUGAACAACAUUCAGGACGGACCGAGUCCUUUGUGCUUUUCUACGAGGCCUUAGCUUUGCAGCCUCGUGAGACUCUUGAGGCACUAGCGAAGUUUCUUCAGCUGGAGGUGUCUUUCACGGAGGAGCAGAUCGCAGAGUGGCAGAGCGUCACAAAGCCGGGGGAGAGGUGUCAGAUCUCCUCGUACCCGCCUUGGAUUGCCGGUUAUCUCAGCGCCAUCGUUCAGAAGGAGCUUCCAGAAGAUCUUCGGGGCCACUGGGCAUCUUGUCCCGGUAACGUGUCCUGGGCACCGGAGCCAUGCCCGAGAGGAACGGAGCUGGAAGUCCAUAAUGAGUCGAGGCAUGGGGACAUCUGCCGGAGAUCGAGGGAUUACAUGUGUCCGAAUAUGUGCAGGCAAUUGGUCGACGCCCCAUACUGUGCCGGGAAGGAACAAGAAGACCCAUGUCGAGCUGCAGCAGCUGCUGCAACAUGGCAAGACAUGCUGGUUCCAAAUCCGCACACGCCCUGGGUGAUAAGCACAUACUACGAGGCAAGUUCCAAGAAGGACGGCCGGGAGGAUGCGAGACAGCUGACACUGGCGACUUGGGCUCAGCAUUGGCAGCGGGCUGGCUGGAAGACGAGGGUUCUCGGCCUGGCAGAUGCCCAGAAGUCUCCUUUCUACAAGCAGCUGCUUGUGAAGUUUGCGCAGAUCCCACUCGGUCAGAAUCCCGAGUAUGAGAAGGCCUGCUAUUUCCGAUACCUCGCCAUGUCGGAAGCUGGCGGUGGCUGGAUGAGCGACUAUGACACCUUGCCCUUGCAUUUUCCAGCAACCAGUGAUUUGGUUGGAAAUGGUCGCUUCACAGUGCUGCAGGGGCACAUACCCGCACUCAUGUCCGGCAGCCAAGAGGAGUGGGCCCGGAUGUCCCGUCUGCUCGUGGAAAGUGCUGUGAUGCUGACGCGGCAAACCCCCAUGCCAGCCCUGGUUUCUGACAUGCAUGCGAUGGCAGGACUGGUGGACAAGUCCGGGCUCAAAAACAAGUCUGAAGAUGCCUUGAACUCCUUCUACAUGGUGGCAGAUGCAAAAGACUACCUGCGUACAUUGAAGAGGCCGACGUCCAGCUUGAUCUGUCGUCGCUUCACCUUCUUCCGCUUGGCCAUCCACGUCUCCCACGCAUCCCUGGCAGCAGCAGGGCUUGCCUUGAAGGAUGCCGACGUUGAGACGCAGCGUCCCCAUUUCAUGAACCAAACCAUGGAGCGUUUCUGGGAGUGCGUGGAGAUGGAGAAUCCUUAA